AUGGACAUUCCCUCCGACCUCCUCGCCGAAUUUGUCGGCGUCACCAACGCCUCUGAGACCCUUGCCACUCAGCUUCUCCGCGACAGCGGCCUGAACCUCGAGUCUGCCAUCACCUCUUUCUUCGCCAUCCAAGACGCCGGCGGCCUCCCGCAGCCGUCGAGCCCGCCUUCCGACACCGCCGCAGAGAAUGGCGAAGCGCACGACGCCCAUCUCGCCCGCGUCCUUGCAGAGACAGAGCUGCCGGAGCAGCCGGUGCGCGCCCCGCUCCCGCAAAUCGUCGACACGCUCCUCCCCUCCAUGCCACACCCGCUCGCCGCCGGCCGCCAGCAACCCCCGCUGGACGCCUUCACCCAGUCUGACGGCACGCCGCACGGCGACGGCCUGGCCCACUUGUUCCGUCGCCCGACCCAUCUCGACUUUUCGGGCUCGUUCGAGCAUGCCAUGACCGCGGGCCAGCGCCGCCAGAAGUGGAUCCUGAUCAACAUGCAGAGGGCAGACGUCUUUGCAUGCCACGUCAUGAACAGAGAUGUGUGGGCCGACCCGGAUAUAGAAGCCCUCGUGCAGGAGCACUUUGUCUUCUGGCAGCGCGACGAGGCCACGUCCGACGGCUCUAGAUACAAGCAGUUUUAUCGCUACGGCGAGCCCCCUCAUGUCGCCAUUAUAGAUCCUAGGUCGGGCGAGAGGCUCAGGACCUGGGGUGGCGAUGGCGCCCCAAUCGAUGCAAAAGUUAUCAGAGCAGCACUCGCUGACUUUGUUAGACGCAAUUCCCUCGAGAGCGAGGAUAUCAUCCCUUCAGAUUCGGCUUCUACCCGGCCACCGGAACAGCGCUCAGCCGCAGCUGCAUCGGAUGCUGUUUCAUCUGCUGAAGACGACGGCGAUGUGGAAAUUACUGACGACGCCGCCUUGGCGGCAGCUAUCGCCGCAAGUAUGGAAACCCCAGGCCGAAAAGCGGCAACUGUCAGCGGAGAAGGACCUUCGGAGGGUUCAGACGAGAGUGUACCGAACGGGGCGACCGGACCGGAUGCGAUGGAUUUCGGAGAUGAGCGGGCGGCUAGUCGUCUGCUGUCGGCAACGGAUCCAACGCUUAACCGCAAUCGCAGCCUGCGCGCAGAGCAGGAUAACGAGUUUGAAGAAAGCCUGGCCAUGGACCGUGCGAAAGAGCUUAGCGCGAAGGCUGAGGCGGACCGAGCGGAUCGAGAGGCAAAAGAAGCUGCGCAUGAAGAGGAGAAGGCAGCUGAGAGUCGGGAGUUGAAGCGUAGACGAGUUCCGGAUGUGCCUCCUAAAAAUUGCUCAGAGGCGGUCAGCGAGCUUGUCAUUCGACUACCAAGCGGCGGAAGGUUGCAACGUCGAUUCCUUUCGAGUAGCACCAUUGGCAAUGUGUAUGACUAUGUGGAGAGCGAGGCGGAGCAGUUGAGCGGUGGGGUUUUUGAGCUGAUGCAGCCGUACCCACGGAAAAGCUUUACUGAUCGGACGGUUGCCCUGUCCGAGCUUGCUCCGAAAGUGGCACUCGUCGUACACCUGUUAUAGUAGACUCGAUGCGAAUGAAAGUAACAAAGACGCGCAGAGUCCCAUCCCACUCAC